AUGACUGCAAAAUCGCCGCCAAAAGUCGAGCGGACGACCAUCGCGGGGUCAAUCGAGAUACCCCGCCUCCUAAACGGCCUCUGGCAACUCGCCGGCGGGCACGACCAGGAUAUUAACGUCGCGGCAGCAGCAGACGCGAUGAAGCCCUUGUACGACAUGCAUCCUAAAAUUCAACUGUACGGAAGCUUACUGACAUCCUUUGGCAGAAUCCAAGCUGGCCUCGAUGGCUUCGACAUGGCAGACCACUACGGCCCCGCAGAGCUCGUCAUCGGCCACCACAACCACAACGACAACUACACUUUACCCCCCAUCACGGCCUUUACAAAAUGGUGUCCCGCUGAGACAGGCGACAGGUCCCUCAAGACAGCAGAGGCAGCCGUCGAUCUCGCCCUCACAAGAAUGGGCCAGAACCAGAUCGCGCUGAUGCAGUACCAUAUUUGGGACUACACCGACGACACGUACCUCUACAACCUAUCUCACCUGCGCACCCUCCAACGACGGGGCAAAAUUGCACAUAUAGGACUCACCAACGUCGACGCGGCGCAUUUAGAGCUUCUCCUUCACUCUGGCCACGAAAUCGCCACGAACCAGGUCUCGUGCUCCGUCAUCGAUCGCCGGUUGACGAGGGGCCGGAUGGCGGGGGUUUGUGAGCGGCACGGGGUUGGCGUCUUGACGUAUGGGACAUUACUUGGAGGCUUUCUGAGUGAGAAGUGGGUUGGCAAGCUGGAGCCAAAGGAUGACGGGCAGGGGACGAAUUGGAGUCUGAGAAAGUAUCUUCGCUUCAUACACGCCGCGGGAGGCUGGGACGCCUUUCAGCGUGCUUUGGGCGCCGUUGCCGAUAUCGCGAAGAAGCAUGGCGUUUCUGUUGCGGCGGUGGCGGUGAGGUGGGUGCUUGAUAUACCUGUCGUGAAAGCAGUCAUCAUCGGGGGGAGGUUGACUUCCGAGAGCGGGAAGUACGCCGAGGCGAACCUCGCGGCGUUUGGGUUCUCGCUGGAUGAAGAAGACAGGAGAAAGAUUGAGGCUGCGCAGGAAGGGUUGGAGGAUAUACCGGGUGAUUGCGGUGACGAGUACAGGAGGCCACCGUUCUUGACGGCUUCGGGGGACUUGAGCCAUCAUCACCUUCCGAGGAAGAGCGAGCUGGACGAGGUGGAAAAGGCUAUUGCUAGGGGGGAGAGGGUUGAAUUCCGCUCUGGCGGGAAGUGGGAGCCCGUUGCUGGGUACUCGCGUGCCGCGAGAUUUGGGAGCGUGAUCCGGGUGUCUGGGACGACGGCGAACCCGCCACCCGAGCUCCAGCCUGGGCUUGCUGCGGUGGUUGGAGGAGUUUCUGCUCGGGCUCAGGCAGUGGCAGCGCUGGAUAUUAUCGAAGGAAGCCUUAAGCGGUUGGGAGGGAGCAUGGCGGAUGUGGUGCGGACGAGGGUGAUGCUCCGGCGGGAAGAGGAUGUUUUGGAGGUAUCAGAGGCCCAUGGAUGGGCUUUCAAGUGUCAUGGGAUUCGGCCGGCUAAUACUACGAUCACGGCUGGGCUGAUUGGGGAUGAGGUGCUUGUGGAAAUCGAAGUCGAGGCGGAGGUCGGUAGUGGCAAGUCUGUCUUGGUGAUUGGAGAGGAUCGUAGAGCUCUUUGA